AUGGGACUAAUCGCAGAUACACGGAAAGCUUUGCGAGAGGCACCCAAAGGCAUCUUCAAUGCCUACCUCUUUAGCGUGACAUGGAUCUUUGCCUUGGCUGGCGUGGCCAAGGGCUUCGACGAAGGAAACAUCGCAUCUAUCGUCGUCCAGUCACACUUCAAGAGGCAAUUCGGGAUUGACCAACAGUCGGACGAUGACUACGCCGACACGAAAGGAUGGAUCGUAUCGAUUGCCACUGCUGGUGCUGUGUUUGGCUGUCUUGGUGUUCUCCCACUCAAUGACCGCCUCGGCCGACGCUGGUCCCUGCGAUUAGGGACAUUGGUAUACAUCGCCGGCGUGCUGGGACAAGGGCUAUGCGACGGAGACCUAGGGGGGUUCUAUGCAUCAAGAGUGAUUACUGGCAUGGGGAUCGGGGUGACAACGAUAGUGCCGCCUGUUUACAUUUCUGAGAUUGCGCCCAAGGCCAUACGAGGUCUAUUGACGCUUCAGUAUGCUGCCUGCCAGCAGUUAGGGGUUGUCCUGGGCUUCUUUAUCAACUACGGCGUCACCCGGAAAUACGCUGGGACCAACACUCAAUGGAUGCUCCCAACGCUCCUCCAGCUGCUCCCCGCCGCCCUCUGGGGACUCGGGACAUUCAUCUGCCCUGAGUCGCCUCGAUGGCUACUGUCUGUUGGCCGACGAGAAGAAAGUGCUGCUGCCUUGUCCAAGCUGCGCCAUCUGCCUGUCGAGCAUCCAGUCGUGGCUGGCGAGCUGGCUGGCAUGGAUGCUCAACUCCUGCACGAGCAUGAGUCCGUUGCUUCUGCGUCCCAGUGGCAGCUCCUCAAGGAGACUCUUAUCCCCGUUGAGAACCGUCGCCGCUUCUUUCUCCUGUUCAUGGCGACGUUGUUCAGCCAGUGGUCCGGGGCCAACGCAAUCACCCAGUACAGCCCGACCAUCUUCGGGUACCUGGGUAUUGUCGGGGACGAGGCCACCUUCCUGGCGACGGGAAUCUACGGUGUCGUCAAGUUCGUCAGUACCCUGGCAUUUGCCGUGGUUAUCGUGGACUUUGUCGGUCGCCGACGGUCACUCUUAACAGGAAUCAUCCUGCAGAUUCUCACUCUGGCCUUUGUCGGCGCCUAUCUGGGAGCCACCAAGGACAUGUCUACAGAUGAUAUCAAGGCCUCGCUCAAUGCAGAACGGGCAUCGACUGCUGCGAUCGUGGCUAUCUACCUGCACGCCGUCGCCUGGAGUAUCGGCUGGUUCAGUAUCCCAUAUCUGAUCGGCCCAGAGAUCUUUCCCACGCGCAUUCGGUCCUUGAACAUGUCCAUCUCGAUGGCGCUGCAUUGGGCAUUCUACUUUGGAUGCUCGAGGGCAAUGCCUAGCUUACUCUCCGCGACGCAUAGAUGGGGCGCGUUCCUGUUCUUUGGAAUUAUUUGUCUAGUAGGGCUGGUUUAUGUUUGCGUCGCUAUGCCAGAUACCACCGGCAGAUCUCUCGAGGCCCUUGACAAGUUGUUUGAGAGGCCUUGGUAUACCAUGUACAAGGUUGCAUAUGCCAGCAAAGAUGAUAUGCAAAUGGACGCCCCUGGUAAGGACUUGGUAGGCAGGAAGGAGGACGGAAGGGCCGAACAUCUGGAGUCUGCAUAG